UAUGUUACUUGAUUCAAUUUAGUGUAGUUAGUUCAAGAAAUGUGAAAAAUACUCAAUUAAUAAAACAUAUAAAUGAUCAUGUAUUAUUGUACUUUUGAUAUACAUUCUAGACAUUGUUAUUAAAUAAACAUAAUAGAAAUAUAUAUUUGCAUAAAUUAGUUUUUACUUCAUACGAAUGCUUGUUUCAUUGUAUUGUAAAAUAUUAAUAUGAGUGCAGUAACUAGAUAUGAAUGCAAUUAUUCACUGUGCUGCUAAUCAUAGGUCCAGAAUUAUGGCUGCCAAAAAGCUAAUUUAUCCUGCAGCUGAACGUAACAAAAGUCCAAUUUUGUCAGUUCUUCAAAAAUAUAUUCAGCAUAGUCCAGAUAAAACUUUCUUGGAAAUUGCAUCUGGUUCUGGACAACAUAUAGCCUAUUUUGCCACCCAUUUUCCUCAAAUUUCAUUUUAUCCUUCAGAAUAUGAAUCAAGGCUAUUCGAAAGUAUUGCAGCUCAUACAAAUGGACUUAUAAAUGUGAAAGACCCUUUAAAGAUAGAUAUUACAACAGAUUUUCAUACUUGGGGUAACAAUAUCUUUAAAGAAGCCAAUAUUGAUUAUAUAUAUAAUGCGAAUAUGAUACAUAUUUCACCUUAUCAGUGUUGUGUUGGUUUAUUUAAUAAUGCGGGUAAACUGUUAAAGGAUGAUGGUAUUUUAUUUACAUAUGGACCUUAUGCUAUAGACGGAAAAAUAACGCCAGAAAGUAACGUUAAUUUCGAUAAAUCAUUGAAGCUUCAAGAUUCAAACUGGGGCCUGAGAGAUAUUAAUGAUCUGAAGGCAUUAGCAGAAAAGAAUGGUAUUAUGUUAAUAAAUGUUAUUGACAUGCCUGCUAACAAUAAAACUAUUAUAUGGAAAAAAUGUUAAGCGCAUAGUAACAGUGAAGUAAUUGAGUCAGUAAGAUGAAAAAUAGUGCCAGUCCAAAAACCGUAUUUUCAAGUAUUUUAUAAAAUAGCUUCAGUUUCGACAUCUACGUCAUUAAUUUUAUAGCGUUGUUCCGAUUUAAACAAAUGAAUGUUCAUAUAUGUCUAACAGUUAAAAUCUAUCAUAAAUCUUAAAUAAUUGAAAUGAAAUCACAUUAAGCUUGCACUGUCUUCCUGUUUUUAUUGAAAUUCUGCAUAAUUUUGCUUCGACUACAAAAUGUAUAUUAAAACCAUUAGAUUUGCAUUUUGAUAACUAGUAUAGUUUUCUUACUUAAAUCUGUAUCUCGAUAAUUAAUAUGUAUGCAAUAUUAUUAUUCUGUACUCUUCAAUAUUAUAAAUAUAUUGUAACCAAUCUUUCA